ACGAACAGUAUGGCAACCUUAUGACUAAGAUCUUUUUUGUCUGGGGUGCCACCUGCACUGCUUGUGUUUUUUCGCCUACUUCCUGGUCCCUGAGAUCGAGGCUUUGUCCCUAGAGCAGAUCGACAACAUGCUCAAGGAGACUACACCUCGUCGCUCCACUAAGUGGGUCCCUCAUUCUACCUUUGCUGGCCAUGGCGAGACUUCUUCGCUCGAGUCCACUGACAAAGCUGGUAUUCGUGCUCGUCACGAGGAGAAUAUUACCCAACCCGAGAGCAGGGUUUAGGUCUUCGGCGGAUCUUUUUAUGAUAUGAUGAUGGCACAAAGGCGAGUUGCGCACCAUCCAUGUUGUGGCGACGGUGCACGAUGGGUGCUCUUUUCCUGCGCAAGGCGUUCUGCCUCUCUCAUUUUAUCUCAUUUGGCGUACUUGACAAUGUCCUUUGGCUUUUUCUACGCUUGCUAGCAAGCAACAGCGCUCAUCGUCUCCGAAUGAUGGCAUCUGAU